AUGAGGUGGAAAACUGUGUCGGCCAUCUUCUUCCUGGUGGUGCUGUACCUCAUCAUCGGGGCGACGGUGUUCAAAGCUCUGGAGCAGCCUCAUGAAAGCUCCCAGAAACUGGCCAUUCUUACUGAAAAACUGGAGUUCUUGGCCAUGCACGCCUGCGUGAACUCCUCUGAGCUGGAGGAUCUGGUCAAGCAAGUGGUUUCAGCAGUUCGAGCAGGUGUGAACCCGUCAGGAAAUUUAUCCAAUCAGACGAGCCUUUGGGACCUCAGUUCCUCCUUUUUCUUUGCUGGGACUGUUAUCACCACCAUCGGAUUUGGGAACAUCUCUCCUCACACAGAAGGAGGCAGGAUCUUCUGUAUAAUCUACGCUCUGCUGGGAAUUCCCCUGUUUGGAUUCCUGCUGGCUGGUGUCGGUGACCAGCUGGGGACCAUUUUUGGGAAGGGCAUCGCCAAAGUAGAAAAGAUGAUCGUGAAGUGGAAAGUCAGCCAAACAAAGAUCCGCGUCAUCUCCACGCUGCUCUUCAUCCUGUUCGGGUGCCUCAUCUUCGUGGCGCUGCCGGCGGUCAUCUUCAAGCACAUCGAAGGCUGGAGCACGCUGGAGUCCAUCUACUUUGUUGUCAUCACCCUCACCACCAUCGGCUUCGGAGACUUUGUCGCCGGAGAGAAAGAGACUCUUGAGUAUCUCGACUAUUAUAAACCUGUGGUGUGGUUCUGGAUCCUGGUGGGUUUGGCGUACUUUGCUGCAGUGCUCAGCAUGAUCGGAGACUGGUUUCGGGUCAUCUCCAAGAAGACUAAAGAAGAGGUUGGGGAGUUUCGUGCACAUGCAGCCGAGUGGACAGCAAACGUGUCGGCAGAGUUCAAAGAGACCCGCAGGCGCCUCAGCGUUGACAUCUAUGACAAGUUCCAGCGUGCUGCAUCCAUCAAGCGCAAGCUGUCAUCCGAGUUGGGUAUCAAUGCGUCCAUCAACCAGGAAAUGACCCCUGGCAAGAGGACGCUGUCAGCCAACCUGUGCGAGGACAGAGAGACUUACCCCACCCUGACCAGGAACGGCAGCCUCUACCUGAACGGCCUCAGCCCGGACUACGCCGACCGGCGGGAGAUCGCCAUCAUUGAGAAUCUCAAAUGAGGAGGAGCAUGAGAGUGAGAUUUAGGGAACUGAUAGUGGACAGAUGUUUCAAAUAGAUUCACACUUUUGUGCUUAUUGACUGAACCGAUGAGGUACGCGUUCAUUGCGUUCCAAUCAUCCGAUCACUUAAACACAGAUCAGUCAUCCAGCUGCGUACCUUCAUGUGCAUUCAUUCUAUGAAAGGAGUCAGACUUUCAUUACGUCCCUGCCAACGUGAUCGACAGCCGUGCGAGUGACUGAGCCAAAUCAAAAGCAUGAUCCAGUUCGGAACAAAUGACUGCAUCAGAGGCAGCAGACUUCUUUCAUGAGCAGGACGGAAACGCUGAGGUGGCAACACGCCGGACCGCCUCUUCUCCUAUUUCCUGUCAAACACGCGGACCUAAACGCAUUCAUCAAACUUGGGAAGCAAUAGAUGUGUCUGUUCUCAUCUCUUUCCAGAGGCCCUGAAAUCUGCAUCAGAUAAAGAGGAUCCUCACUGCUGAAAACACCGCAUCGUCGAACACUGGUUUCUGAGUCCCGUGCUAACACAGAGGAAUGUCACUUUUGUCUUUGGGUUUACACUUCUUGCAGUAUCGAUUUAUAUGCCUUGCAUUCGCCGGUCAGUCUGCCCUCACUAAAGAGACGAAUGUUGACAGCUUAGAUCCUUCAUGACCGAAAUUCAGCUUCUCAUCCUAAAGAAUAACCCACUUGUGCCUUACUUAAGACCACAGCGAACAUGUGAGGAUGGAGGACGCAUGUCAGAAUGAGCAACGCUUUGUCCGUCCACUCAUACUUGUUAUAUUUGAGCACAGCAGUAAUAAAUACUUAGGAGGAAUCUUAGAAAACAAGAUUUUUAUUUAACUUAUUUCAAGAGGAAUAUAUAGUAUGCAUGACACAUGAGUGGAGAAACCAAGCUAAGAUUGAUUGAAUGAGAUAACUACUGGAUAAACAUCAUCUCUGUCUAACGUUUGAGGUAUUCAUCUCCCAUCUCGAUGUGCUCAGAUAGCUGCAUUAACCACACAGUGCCAGGCUUCCUGAUCAAACCCCUCUCUCCCCCUAUACCAAAGUAAUGAGCCUGCUUUCCCGAAAGAAGAAAAUAGGUUUCCCGUCUGAUCAAAGCAUCCCGAGUCCUUUAUGUUAUUUCUCAAUCCUGACCUGCAGGCUUUCUUGAAAUUGAACCAAAUGCAAUGUGUUUUUUUUCCCCCCCUCUACGAAACUGAAAAACGAAGCUCGGUGCGUCGAUGCUAUUUUUUCGUUCCAAGUAAACCCCCGGCGUAUACGGUACCGUAGCGAGCUCGGAGGCAUUUCUCUACUCUGCUUUUCACGCUCGAGCUAGCCGAUAAAGAUGAGGUCUGUUAUGUCUUGCCAAUACUGAAUGUAUGCUAUCAGAAACCUUUAUUUGCUGUGCGAAGUGCAGCGACUCUAAAUCACUAAAAUGUGUCAAAAUUGAAUCACCUCUCAGUUGAACAGCAGGUGUUUGCUCUAAUGUGAAAUUCUACUCCAACAAUUUAGAUCUACUGUGUUAAGAAUAAAACUCCCAAAGUCAACAGUCCGUUCAUUACUGACGUUCAAAUCUUGUGUUUCCAUACCUUUAUUUUCGAUGACAGACUCCGUCCUUCUCACCAGUUCAUUUCUUUAGAGAUUGUCUGACAUUCUUUGGAGACCUUUCUUUAUUCAGCUGUUCUUUGCUGGAAGGGUUUUGUUGCCCUGCCUUUCACUUCACACACUUUGAAGUUGUUCUGUUGGAUUUACGUCAGGAGACAUGCUCGUCCAGGUCAUAGUUUUUUUUCUUCUUAUGUAAUUUUGGCAGUGUGUUUGCAUCAUUGGCACACUGAAAUAUAUUCCUCUUCUGCCAACCUUUUGCAGACUGGGAGUCAGUAUUUUUGUCAUACCUACAGCUACUCGUGGUUCCAU